UAUGCACGCCCACGCAAGACCGCAUUUUCAGUUUGUUAACAUAGCUCUGCCUGCGAGUAACAAUGAUUCAGCGUCAGAGGUUGAUAGAAGCAUCAUUCAGCCCGACAAUAUCUAAUGUCUUUCAAAAAAGUCUGGUUUAUAAUCAUCCGCCUUUAAAGCCGCUUUAAAAUUGUCACCUGUGGUGUCUUGUGAAAUCGAGACUUGCUCGACAACUGCGCCCCGAACAUUUUAGAUAGGCUUUGGGAACCUUGCAGCGUCGCAAAUUAAGUGUUACUUGCCUCGAUGACAUCUCAACGAAGUAAUCUAUCAGAUGCUCUGGAGUUUCACACUUAAAGGAAACAUGGAGAUAAGGAAAAUAGAUUUGAUAGUGCGUAACACACUGUUCCUGUGUUGCGUGGUGAAUCUAGGGAUGGGACAGCAGUUAAGAAGAACGAUUCCACCAUGGCUGAGAAUGAACCGAGGGCCGGCCGUGACGAACCCACCGAAAACGCGGCCCCCAACAACGGAGAAAACGGUUUUUUACACGGAUGCGACGACGAAACCGCCGACAACAACGUUGCCCACGACGGAAAUGAGCUGGGCCAUCAGGCUCACGUACCCCCCUUCACCGCCCCCCACAUUGCCACCCCCUAACGCCACCGAUUUCAGCCUCGUCCUGCUUAAAGGGAUCCUCAUCAACCACAAACUCAUGCCUGAGAUCUCCGUCACGACGCCCAGACACGUCAUCAAGGUUUCUUGGGACUACUACACACAAUGCGAGCUUGGGAAUUAUAUCUCACCAAAAUCGGUAAAAAAGGCACCUCGAGUGAAAUGGAAGAGAGAACCGGACGCAUGGUACUCGUUAAUUAUGCUCGACAUAGAUGCUCCAAUUGCACAAAGUCACAACAACGCAUCGUACAAACAAUUUUUGCAUUGGGCUGUGCUGAAUAUUCAAAAAGGCGAUGAUAUUAAUGAAAAUACCACGAUCGCAGAGUACGUGCCUCCGGCCCCUGCAAACGCAUCAGGCAAUCAUAGAAUAGUUUUCAUGCUGUAUAAACAUCGAGCAGAGAUGUGGUUUGACGAUUGGUUUCCAGCUAAAAUUCCCGCCAACAUCGAAGACAAAAGACGACGCAAUUUUAAAUCGAAAAAUUUCGCUAUGAAGUAUUACUUGACUCCGAUUGGAGUUAACUUUUUCCGAACUAGUUAUGAGGCUUGGGAUGGCUCUUGAGGAAUGAGGAAGCACAUGCAAGCUAGAAACUAGGUUAAUCUAUGUAUAUGUUGUACAUAAUUAUACCUCGUAAGAAUCGAAGUUUUUUCUUUCAUACAUCUGUACCUACAUCGACGGUGAACCUCCCAAACUACGUAACUCGUUUGUAGUGUUUAGAAAUCUCCGCUCCCAUUUUCUUCUUUCACCAAGAGCGAAUCAACAUCAUUUCGUGAAGUUUCCCCAAAGAAUUUUCUUCACACAGAUCAGAAAAAUCACAGGGAUUUUUAAGAAUGAACGUUAAUUGAGUAAUUUUCCUUUUAAUUAAUAAAGUAUGGCAGGAAGUCUGCAACGUCGCAAACCGAAAUACGUCUACCAAGAGUUUCACCGUCUACAUAUGCUCUAUGAUGUGAUACAAUGGGUAUACGUCCAUGUAAUAUAUCGACGCCGCGUGUAGGUCCGGAAUCACAUAUCUCGUUUGCGGUGUCUGAAAAUCUGCGCCUGUAUGUUAUUUGUUUAAAGAAGAACAAAUUAACAUCAUUCCUUGAAGUUUUUGUAGAAUUUUUUUCGCACAAAGAAGAAAAAUAACGGCAGUUUUAAAGAAUUGCCGUCAGGCAGUUUUCCGUUUCAAAUAUAAAGUAUGACAGGAAGUAUGCGACGUAACAAACCGAGUUAUGUGAUUGCCGACUUACACCGUCGAUACAUAAAUCUUUUAUAAAACUCUACACUUUAAGUAAAUUUUACUAUUAAAUUAAAUUAUAUAUUUAUAUAUAUUUAUUAUAUUAAAUUAAAUUUUACUAUGUUCAGUAAAGUUCCUAAAAGUUAUAAUGUAAGAUUAAAUGAAUUGUAAAAACCACCAAAAAUGUGUAUGAUACUUAAUGUCAUCCUUGCUAGAAAUCUAAUAUUCAGUGAUAUAAAAUGUUAAUUAUAAAUGAUAAAUUUUUGAUUAAAGGAAUUCUGGACGUUGCCUUGAAAA